AUGUUGAUUCCUCUUCUAAUUGCAGCUACCUAUGCACUUACUUGUGACUCUCUUAAUGAAAUGAUGACUUAUACUCCAGAAGAAGCCUUUGAAUGUAUUGACUCUAUUCAAACAACUGAAGAAUUUAACACUAAAUUAUUAGGAGAUAUUACAACUUUAUUUGAGACAUAUGUUUACAAGGAUAUAGUAAAAAACCCACCACAACCAUCGAUUGACUCUAGUUAUUUUACGUCAGUAGAUAUAGAUGAACGUUUAAAAGCUAUUAAUGUUAAACAAACACAACUUUAUUCAUUUUAUCAAGACAUUCAAAGUUUAUUCCUUGACAUUCAUGACCUUCAUCUUUCUUUUUCACUUCAGUCCUAUGAGAAUAAUACAUACAUCUUUGACUAUUUCUAUUAUUAUCUUCCAUUUAAUUUUAAUAUUGAAUCAGAUAAAAAAGUUCAUUUAACACCAAAUCGUGUUAGUGUUAAUGUUAGUGUCCCUAAAAUCUUUGAAAAGAAUAAAGAUAUUGAAGUAUUAUCUAUCAAUGGUGAACCUCCUCUUAAUUUCAUUAGAAAAUAUGGAAAUGAACAUACUGGUCUUAAAUCACCACAUGGAAGAUUUACUUAUGCUCUUGAAUCAUUUAAUUUUGGUAGUUUGGUAGCAAACCCAUUCACUAAAGAAUUCUUAAGUACUCCAAUUGAGAUUAAAUGGUCUGAUAAUUCAAAUAUUACAGUCUCAUAUCAAUUAAUUUAUGUCCCUACUAACUCUUUAUCUCAAAAAGCACAAAAAUCACUUAAAUUAAGAAGACAAGGAAAAAUAUUUUCUCCAAUAAAACCAUAUGAUUUAUUCCCAGAACUUAAACAGUCAUUUAAAGGAGAAUUUGAUUUUGAAACUUUAUUUUCUGAUUUAGCAUGUAAAACAUAUAAAGAAGAAAAUAGAAGUAUUAAUUUGCUAGUACUAAAAACGUUUUAUCCAAAUCUUUUUGAAAAAGAUAAUUUUUUUGAUGUAUUUGAAAAAUGUGUACAGCAAUUUGAUUCAAAUAAUUAUCCUAUUACUAUUAUUCUUCCAUUAAAUGGAGGAGGAUAUACUGACCUUGAAAGUAAUUUUGAAAAUGUUUUAGCACCACACGCUGAUACUACUUUUAUUGGAAGUGUUAGAGUUAGUAAAGGAACAGAAAAUUGUCUAAAAUUUGGUUAUGCAAGUUUGUUUGCUGAUCCAACAAAUUGUUCUGCUAGAUUUAAUGAAUCUGUCUUUUCUAAAAAACCAAUUGGUUCAUGGUAUUCUGAUCCAAUUAUUGAUCACUAUGGUGAUGUUGAACAUAAAAGAAGUCAACCAUCUCUUGCUCCACCACAACAAAUGCUUGUUUCUAGGUUAGUGAAUAAUCCAAGAAAGCCAACAGAUAUUGUUGUAUUUACAGAUGGUUUCUGUUAUUCUGCAUGUUCAUUAUUAACUAAAGGAUUAAGAGAAAAAGGAAAUGCUAUUAUUGUUGGAUUUGAAGGUGACCCUGAAAAUGAAAAUUCAUUAUUUGAUGCUGGCCUUUGA